AUGCUAUCCCGAUCGGACGACUCGCCUGCGUCGGAGGGAGGCUCGCCUUUCGACGGCUGGGGGGCGGGGAAGAACCGUCGGGGCACAGGGAGAACAGACUCCAUCUUUACUCAAGGCCGUAACGACCCAGGAGUUGAAGCGGCUGUACAAGAGAAACUUGCGACUCUCAUCUCUAGACGAGGCCCUGAGCUGGAAGCCCUGCUGCUCUUGCGGGACCCAGAACGUUCCGGGAGCAUCUCGGUGAAGACAUUCUCGGAAUGCCUACGGGCGUGGGUUUCGAGCGACAGCGAACAUGGCGGUGGUGGCACCGGCACACGGGGGGGCAAGCGUGAAGGACCAAGCCAGGCGGCAGAGUUAACUCAUGCCGACCGCAAGGUUUUGUACAGGCGGUGGGCGGUGCGUGGACAGGUGAGGUACGUCGAUUUCCUGGGCGCGAGCGGGUGUUUCAACGCCCCGCUGCCCCGCUACUCCGAGAUCAGCACGGCUGUCGCUGCCGCACCCGCUGCGCCUGCCGCUCCGGUGGUCGCCGACAAACCUGCACGGCACCCUGUCACCGGGAAAAGGGCUUCCGGAAGGCUACCGUCCGGGGACAAAGCGGGCAUGCAUGCGAGGAACGCUGAUGCGGGGGAAGAGGAGACGGAUCUCUUCGCAAGGGCGAGGGUCGUACUCGUGCAUCUAUCGGAGGUGUUGCGAGACGAGGGGGAGGAAGCGUACUUUGCCGCAUUUGAGGCGCAGGACUACGGCAACUACCGGUGUCUAGAUGAGGACGGCUUCGUCAAUGCCAUCGAAACCCUCGCUCCAGAGGUGACGGCGGAGCAAGUGCACGACGUUUUCCUCGUGAGAUCACGGAUAGAAGGAAGCGAUGACAAGGCUAACUACGACGAGCUCUUCAAGCUUGGUUGCGCUUUCCCAUACCCCUCACCACGGCCGUCCAUUACCGCCCGCAAGGACUUGCGAAAGCUGGCUCAGAUCGGAGGUUUCCAGUCGGGGGAUGCUGUGGAACUCAGAGUUGAAUCGCGGGGGGGUCGCGUGGACUGGGUCCCUGCCCAGGUGGUGUCAAGAGACGGGGAUGGCACCUUCACCGUUCGAUUCAGGUCUCCGACAAAGGUCCCAGGCGCAACAGGUGCCCGUAUGAAGGAAUCCGGUGUGUCCGAGUCCGACAUGAGAGAGGUACGUGAGAAUAAUGGGGGUGAUACGCACGCCGAGUCGCUGUCCAUCCGUAGAAUUACCUAUGACGUUGAACCCUAUCCAGGAACGUGCGAUUGA